AUGUUGCAGUACAGUACUGCAUGCAUUGCUAUACUAGCGGAUCCACUCAAGGAUAUCCCUCUUCCGUCCUCCUUCCCAGCUCUGGUGGAGAAAGCCGUAGGCCAGGCAGUACGGAGUGUAUCAGUACAGAAGACUAUGCCGGUGUACAGCUUACUUUCUGGUCUUGGGUCAGAUUACCUUGACUCUUUGCCUGUAAACCUACUUGUCCAACUACAGGACGGGGCGUUAAGCGUAUUGAAAUCAAUUGACCUUGAGGACCAUUUGGCCAACUUACUAUGUCUUGGUAUCUUAGGGAAAUUAGCAAAUUCAGCCUCGCAAGCUAAUGCUAGGCCAACGACUCGGGAACGUUUUCAGGCAGCUCGGCGCUUCUUCGCGCCUGAGAGAGCUCCAAAAAUCUUGGACAUGCUUGUAUUGCAGGUACUUUCCAUCUGCAGCAAAAGCUCGCCAUCUACAAGUGAAUCUGACCUUGAGAGUCUGGAACUCGCCAUAGUAAUCACGAAGACGGUCGAGGAACGAGAAAGGGAAACGUGGUGUAAUGGAGAUGCGAACAAGACAGGCACUGCAAGUAAGGCACAAAGAGUCUACAGGAAGAUAACAAAACCCGACCUUGACGUUGGGGUCCGGAGUAAAGCGUUAGAUUUUGUCUGUAUCCUGAUCGGUGAUCAACCACUGCCGAAAGAGCUUAUCACCAGAUUCGAAGAACAUCUUCAUCCAAGACAACUUGUCUCCCUGACCCCACUGAGCAUGUCCAAAGCCUUUGGUCAAGUAAAGGAAUGCAAAGUCACAGAUGGAAUAAAAGCUGUAUUAAAUCUAAUCUUAAAAGCUCCGUGCAACACGCUUGACUCGCUGGUCGAAAUGGACUGUGCAAUAAACCUUGCCAAAGCGUUGGCGAUCAACAUAGACAGUAACUCAUUACUCCUGAACGCAGUGAUACCUCAAAAGCCGACGGACGAUUUUCUGCAUCUGCUGACGGGAUUCAUAACAUCGGCAGGAGACGUGGGAAACGAGAUGGCAAGAGAUGGGAACGGUAUUGCUUGUCCAGUGAUCGUGACCGAAACUUUGACCCAGCUGUCGGAAUCUCUAAGGGCACUCUUCCUCAGAUCUUCCUUACUGGCAGGACGAGCUCACCGUGCUAUCUACUUGCCUUUCUUGGGCUCGCUGGUCGAACUGCAUCGAGGGCAAGCCAUUCCUAGAGGUCGAUGCGAAUUCUGUGAAGGAGGUCUUUCUGUCUCUAAGUCAGUGCCUCCUCUUUAUGAAGUCGGAAGUACACCGGAAGCUCGAUCAGUCAGCCAUGACUGGAAGAAAACACUGGUGAAGCAGCUCGAUGCGGACUCAGAUCUUCAGUACAAACAUAUUGUUCGCAUUGUCGGUGACAUUUGUUGCGACCUAGAAUUGCGCUGCAACCAAGUGGAAGGGCCGCUGCGCGCUGAGCAAUUGAGAUGCAACAAUCUGCAGAAAACGAUCCAGGACUCUAGCGCAAAAGUUCAAGUGCUGGAAAAGGAAGUCAGAAAUCUUUCCUCGGCGCAAGAAGACAGUCAUGCUAAAGCUGAAGACCUUGCAGAUCAGCUUGAGUCUAGUCGAACGAAAGUUCAAGACGUCUUGAGCAAGCUUCAGAAGCAGCAAGAAGACUUCCAGAGAUCGGAAAGCGAGGCUCGAUUAGUCCUGGAAGCCGCCAUGGAAAGCAGCAGGGAACGUGAUUUAGUAUAUUUCGCGACGCUGAAAGGCAAGGACGAGAAGUUCGAAAAUCAACUUUCCGAGCUUCAGUCCACACAGUCCAUGUUAGCUGAAGCCAGAAGAGAGAUUGACAAUCUAGAACAUCGAAAGCAUGAUGACAUGGAAAUGCUUAGAGGUAGAGAUCAGGCUAUUAAAAGCCUUGAGGAAGCCUGUGUGGACGCCGAAACGACAGCUGAGACCCAGAAGGUGGCGAUUCACGGAUUACAAGACACAAAGACCGAACUUUUGAGAGAGAAGGAACAGGAAGUCUUUGCGGCCAAAGCAGCCGCAGAGCAUAGUGCCAAUACUAUCGCCGAUCUUGAAGAUCGUCUUCAAUCGACUGAAAAUGAUAUAUGUCAACUGAAGGAAGGCUUUAACACCCGAAACGCAGCCAAAGAUGCUGAUCAUGCUAAAGCCAAAGCGUCCUUUGAUGCAGCAAUCUGCAAACUUCAAGAUGAAGUUGCGCAGGGGGUAUUGAGAAUUAUCGCAGCUGAGACAGCAAAAGACGCAGCAACCUCUAAGCUGGAGAAACGAAUAUGUAUUUUCCGACAAGAUCGAGACAGAAGGGCCAGAGAAUUUGCAGAGGCUCAAGAUCUCAGCCGCCGAUUGAUGAGCGUCGUCGGCUGUGGCAAUCCCACAGCUCCAAAGAGGGCUCCCCAGUCCCCAACAUUGUCGUUCGAGUCCGAAAGUUCGAGCUGGAGUGGAGCUCCCACGCCCAAACGUAGCAAAACACAGUUGUUAUCAGCUAUACCAGGAUUCUUCAUAGAGUUUGGCAUCAUGUAUUCGCCUACAGUGAUGCUGCGUAAGAAACGAUACAUGCAACCGGCCGAUUCGCCACUAAAAUUUGGUCUGAACAUGCGUUUCGAAGAGCUCAAAAUCGAUUUCGAAUUGCACGAAGGGCGGAAGUCUCAAGAAAAGCCUACAAGCCACAAGCUGAGAUUCACCAUUCCAUUCCGACAAAUGCAAAGUAUUCAGACAUUACCCGCACCUGAUAAGCAACUCAAGCUACUCGUGUCCUUAGACACUCCACCGAAGGUUUUUAAGAAACUUGAUGGCAUAGUCGUCUUUGAUGAAAAGACUCGUCUCUGGACUGAGCGAGACAUGUGGUUUCGUCAAACAGACAUGGUCUCGGACAGGGGAAGACAGAAGCUCAGACGUAUGCCUGUUUCAUUGACCAAAAGCAGCCCAAUGCUUGAUUUAGGUCGCUGGACUACGUACUGCCUGAGCUUUAAAAUGACAGCUGCGAGUGAGGUUCAAUUCGGUAAAAUGCAAGAAAUCUUACAGGACUUCAACAUUGAUUUGGUAAACUCGCCUGACCUCACGAUAAUCGAUAAGCUGGAUCGAGUCCCCUGGAAUUACACAGAUCCACUAGAGUCACAAAUUGAUAGUGACCCCAGUCUUGGACAGGAUCAGAAAACUCUUCCGUUCAAGGUGCUCUAUCAACUUGAAGUCUGCCUCUCGCAAGGUAUACUUGAUGAACAUACUUUGAAACCAGCUUUUGGACGGAAACUCAUGAGUAUGAAGCAACUUGCAGCGAUAGAAUUGCUAGAACUCGCUGCAGCACAGAGAAAGCGCAUCUUUGACCCCAUGUCCAUUUUCGAUCUCGAGAUCUCUGCACCAGGGUCCAGCGGACAUGUGCCAUCAUAUUGUGUUCCCGUCCACUCCGUUGUGGUCACACCGACAAGCCUCAAAUUCAACACGCCCACUAUCGAGACUUCCAAUCGCAUCUUGAGACAGUAUCCUGCGUAUAACCACCACUUCAUUCGCGUGCGAUUUACUGAGGAGAGCCCUGGAGAGAAAAUAUACUCAACUCACAAAGAGACCCAGAACGAGAUCUUCACAAGAAUCAAACGAACCAUGUCGAACGGCAUCAAGGUAGGUCACCGACACUACCAAUUCCUCGCCUUCGGUAAUUCUCAAUUUCGUGAACAUGGGGCGUACUUCUUCGCGCCUACCGCUGAUCUAAGGCUGGAGAGCAUUCGGGGCUGGAUGGGACACUUUGAUACUAUUAAAUCAGUAGCACUCCGUGCUUCUCGAUGGGGCCAGUGUUUCUCUACCACGAGGGCGGUUACCACCGUUGCCGAGCCCGUCGAAAUCUUCGACAUCCGUCGGAAUGGCUUCCUAUUCACGGAUGGAGUCGGCAAAAUCUCACCCUUCCUGGCAGAUGAGGCUGCUGAUGAGCUAGGCAUUAGCCGCAAGACUGAAGACACACCUUCAGUCUUCCAGAUUCGGUUUGGAGGCUGCAAAGGUGUGCUCGUGGUCUGGCCUGAAUUGUCUGGUAGACAAAUACACAUUCGCGAGUCUCAAUACAAAUUUGCUGCCUCGUCGGAACAGCUGGAAAUAAUUCGUUGGUCUCAAUUCGCAUCGGCGAACCUUAAUCGUCAAAUUGUUCUAGUACUCUCGGCUCUUGGUGUCCCUGACCAUGUUUUCGUCAACAGAUUGCAAGAGCAGUUGCGAGGAAUCGAUGACGCGAUGGAGGACCCUGACAAGGCAGUCGCAAUUCUCCAAAGAGAUGUGGAUCACAAUCAGAUGACACUGAGACUAGCAGGCAUGAUUAUUGAUGGCUUUCAGCACCGCCGUGAACCAUUCACCAUGUCGCUUCUCCGCCUGUGGCGAGCCUGGUCGAUCAAGUACCUCAAGGAGAAAGCACGAAUCACAAUCUCCGCAGGUGCUCAUCUAUUUGGUUGUGUAGACGAAACGGCGAUACUGAGGGGACAUUUUGAUGAUGGCCUCCGAGUACCUCCAGAUGCCCCAUUUCAUGAGAAUGGUCAACACACUCCAGAAGUAUUUAUCCAAUUGUCAAAGGGUCCCGAAGGCAAGCCAAAAGUGAUCGUUGGUCCUAUGGUUCUUGCUCGGAACCCGUCACUCCACCCUGGAGAUAUUCGUGUCGUUCGCGGGGUUGAUAUUCCACAGCUGCGACAUUUGAAAGACUGCAUCGUACUACCUCAAACAGGGCAUAGAGAUGUUGCAAGUAUGUGUUCGGGAGGAGAUCUAGAUGGCGAUGACUUUAUCGCAAUAUGGGAUUCGGAUCUUUUGCCAAAAGAGUGGAAUUAUGAACCGAUGGAUUAUACUGCACCUCCAAGGUCUGAAAAAGUGGGCGAGAUCACUACUGACGAUCUUACCACGUUUUUCAUUCAGUACAUCAAGAAUGACAGUCUGCCCAGAAUUGCGCAUGCACAUUUAGCACAAGCAGACUAUUGUGAAGAUGGCGUGAAAAAUCAGAAAUGCCUAGAGCUUGCAUCGCUUCACUCGAUGGCAGUCGAUUAUCCGAAGACUGGCCAACCAGCUAUUAUGACGGAUGAUCUUAUUCCUAGAAAAUGGCCUCAUUUCAUGGAGAAGAAAAAACCACCGGAAAAAAUCUACCAUUCUGACAAAGUUCUGGGUCAGCUAUACGACCAAGUCGAGAGAGCCGGCUUUGAGCCUGCAUAUUCAGCUCCUUUUGAUCAAAGAAUCAUUCAAGCUUUCAAAUUGAGCCAGCAAACGCUGCAGGAUGCAGCAAGUCUUAAACGACAGUAUGAUGCUCAAGUUCAGCGUAUUAUGGCACAGCAUGCCGUCAAAAGCGAAUUCGAAGUUUGGUCAACCUUCGUGAUGGAACACAAUAACGCCAACGAUUACAAAUUCCAUGAAGAGAUCGGUCGCGUUUCUUCCAACCUCAAGGAGGGCUUUAAAGACUUGUGCAUUCAAAAGGCAGAAGGGAAGCAAUUCGAGAAGCUUGCUCCUUUCGUAGCUGCCAUGUACAAGGUGACUGCUGACGAAGUGACGUCGGCCGUCAAUCAAAAUAUGCGUAACAAACGUAUCAAUGGAGACGAUCAGCCAUUAAAAAACUUUCCUGUCGAGACCAUGCCAUUAAUGAGCUUUCCAUGGAUUUUUCAUGAUAUUUUGGGUAAGAUUGGGAAGUCACACCCGCCGGAUCACUUACAGGUAGAGAAGGGCACUCAACUCGGCGAGCCCUGUAGCUUGGGAGCUUCAGCUCGAGUGAAGGUCAUGGAAGAGAAGGAUGCUCGUUCCGAUAUAGACGUCUCUCAGAGCGCGCAGACUCUACCACAGACGAUGCCUCGGCGCGCACAUUCAUCAGAAAUCGAGUCGGGGCGUCAAAAUUUCAGUAAGCCUUCGCUACUGUCAGUCGAGGCGUUAAGCAGCGAAGCAAAUCAACAUAGCUUCAUGCCUGCUAUGCAACCUCAAGAUCACCAGCCUACCGGGUUAGGCUCACUGGUAGGACAAUCCAAUCUUAUCAAUACUAUUGCUAGUCACCACGCAGGAAGCGCAGUCAGAGGGAAACAGAGGGACGAUCUUCAAACAGACAAGGAUGACAAGGAUGACAAGAGUGAAGAGGAAGUGGAUCUCGGACUUGGACAGCGCAUGACUCUGGCUGAGCAGAUUACCAGAUUUCAUGAGAGAACGAUGUCAUAG